ACCAUAGUAGCAACACCAUGUGUCUACCCCGACCCCCCCACCCAUUCCUCUUCUUCCUGGUGCUCCUGCUGGUGACAGCUGUGUCCCCAGGGCAGCCUGUAGCCCUCUGCCCAGCUUCCUGCUACUGUCACCGGUGGUUGCUGGACUGCAGCCGAGCCUCCAUGGACACAGUGCCAUGGGCCACUCGCCACUGGGCCCUGUCUGUGCUAAAUUUCACUGGCAACUCUAUUUCUUCCAUUGAAAAAGAAGCAUGGAGGGAAUACCCGUGGGCUGAGCACUUAGUUCUCAAGGACAAUGAUUUGAGGGCAGUGAAGAGGGAUUCGCUGGAGGGUUUGCUGCUGCUGAAGCACCUGGAUUUAUCCAGCAAUAAAAUCCUGUCGAUUGAGGAACAUGCUUUUGAGCCACUUCCUUUCUUGCAGCUUCUAAACCUCAGUGGAAAUCUCAUGGCACAGAUCCGGAAGGACACUUUCCAGGCAUGGCAUGGGAUGCAAUUUCUACAGAAAGUGAUCCUAAGCCACAACCCCCUGUCUGUGAUCGAGGACGCAUCGUUCUUUCAGCUGCCGGCCGUCAGCUAUCUUGACCUGGGAGCGACACGAGUGUCCCGGCUGACGGUGCUCACGCUCCUCCUGACCACGGCGCGCUUGGAGAUGCUCAAACUGCCCCGAGUUGCAGCCUGCUGCCUCUGCCAGGAGGGCCACGCCGCGCUGUGCAGGAGCGUCGGGCUCCACGGCGAGGAGCUGUGUGCCAGCACCACGCAGUGCGCUCACGUAGAACCUCCAGCAGAGACGCAAGCAGAACUGAGGAGAGCGGCGCGGUGCGGCACGGUGCUACACCUCAAGGCCACGAAUUCUUCGCUUGGAGACCGAGAAACCGUAACACUUGCGGUUCUCCCGAGCCCUCACCGCGCUGAUGGUGACCUCAGGAACUCCAAUGACCACAUCUCUGGAACGAGCUCCCGUUCCCCUCAGCUCCCAGCCAGGCAGGAGCUGCAUGGUGCUCAGCUCAUGGGCCAGGCGAGGGAGCACGGGGGGAGAAAACUGCAUUUCCCAGUGACAGAGCAGAAGGAGCAGCAUGGGGGUAGAGGUGCGGAAAGCACCACUUCACAGCUGCCAUGGCCUGCUGCGCACCAGGCCCUGGAGCCAAAGGAGGGAGCCCACGUCCCCGGUGCACCAAGCAGCGUGGGCAGCACGGAGGAUGAGGACACGGUGACAGAAGGAGAGCGCUUUGAAACCGAAGUGAAGCACCGCCUGCGCCCGCUGGUCCCCAACGGAGCCCUGCGGGGCUUCAUCGCCCGCGUGGCACGUGCCAUGAGGAAGGACUGCCGCCUGCUGCAGCUGCAGCCCUCCUGCACGAAGCUGCUGGCGCAGACUGGGCAGCUGCUGGGGCGGCUGGGCGGGCAGCGAGCCCCACAACCUGCGGCGCAGUGCCUGCUGCGGGGGAACGGCUCCAUGGGCACAGCAGGCAGGAACCGGACCACGAAGGGGACGGCAGCGCACAGCUCCAGCAGGAGGGUCCUCCUGGCGGUGUCGGUGUCUCUCAUCAUCACCACCUACAUCACGGCGAUCUGUCUCAUCGAGGUCUGCUGCCCAAAACCUGCAGCCGCCUCCCAGCCCCAGAGCACCAGCAAGUCACGGUGGAGACGGUUCUUUAGGAAGCUGCUGCCGCGCCGAUGGUGCAAGAACAGCGGGGCGCAGGGGUCACGCUUUGCAGAGCGCACGAAGGACGAGCCGCAGUGGCUCCGAGACCUCUACCAGCCCCUGGACGACUUGCAGAGGAACUCCAUCUGCCAGCUGUACCGAGAGCCCGAGGAGGAGGAGAUGAGCACGGCCGAGCCGAUGAUGGACACAGCCCCCAAGGAACAGCACAGCCCCGAGCCCUCUGCCCCGUAACGCCCAGGAGCUGCAGGAGGAUGGAGCAGUGAGCCCUGGUACCGCUCCGGGAGCAGCGCUGGGCCCAGCGGUGCCCAUUGCCCCAGCAUGGGCUGCUCCCCUGUUCUUUGGGAGGGAUGGCCCCGCUCCGGGCGCUGCUGGGUUUCCUAUUAAAGGUUGUAGGGUGUCCUGCACCGUGUCCGUGCAGGUGUGUGGGCUGGGGGUGUGCGUGUGUGUGUGUGUAAGGGGGGGGGGUGUGUGCAUCACUUCUGCACGUGUGGGCGUGCAUGUGAGUGCAGGGCUGUGCUUGGUGUGCGCAGCUCUGGGGGGCGUGGCUGCGUGCAGAUCCACGGGGGUGUGUGCGCAUGGGUGGGUGGGUGUGUGCACACACGUGGGGAUGUGUGUGGGUCUGUGUGUGCACACAUCUGUGGGUCUGUGCGGGGGGGGGAUGUGUGUGGGUCUGUGUGCGCACGUAUGAGGAUGUACGUGGGCCUGUGUGUGUGCACGUAGGGACACAUAUGUGGACCUGCGUGUGCUCACGUAUGGGGAUGUGCGUGAACACACGGGUAGGUGUGUGGGUGCGUGCACGCGCAGCUCCGCGUGCCCGCGCGUGACGCCCCGCCCCC